AUGUCUUUGCUCUCAGAUGCAGGGCAGCAACAUGUUCCUGUGGUUGAUCUUGGCAAGCGUCUAUGGUCAUUACCAUUUCUCGCAACUCAACAUUUUAAUGUCAAAAAUUCUGCUGAACGUCAUUUAAAAGGGUUUGGUAAGUGUCCGAAGCUGGCGUGUCCUGCCAACAACUGCCCAAUAUCAGGACGCGUGGUCGACAGUAAUAAAUGUGAAACUUGUACAUGCAAAGACCCAUGUGCAGAGUUGAACUGUCCCGAAGAAACUCCUAAUUGCUAUGAUUAUUUUGACAAAGCGAAAGGAGUGACAACGUACCAAUGCGAGCCAGCUCAAAUGGUAGCUGAAUGUGAUGACCGUUACCUCAAAUGGUAG